AUGAAUUUGAUAAAAAUAGUAUUAACUUCUUAUAUUGAAGUAUUUGAUCAAAAAGCUAACGAAUACAACAAAUAUGCAAUAUGUCUAGCUUGUCUAGAAAUAAAAAGAUGUCCUUAUGCACUUGAAAAACAGUUUACAAAUACUAAAAAAUGUUGCAAAGAUCAUUUUAAAAAAUGUAAAUUUUUUAAGCAAAAAUAUGGUGAGAAUGAAUCACAAGCUAUUAUAGAUGAUACAGAUAGUGAAGCAACAAUACAAAAAAAUACUAUUGCAUUGUUUGAAUUUGUUAAUCCUUCAUACAAUCUUCCUAAAUGGCGAAAAUUAAGUAAUAAAAUUUUAACACAUGUUUUAAAUUCGAUGAUUGCAGAUAUUAAAGUAAAGGCUAAAGAAGAUUCUUACAGUGUUACUCUAGCUAUGGAUAGUUGGACAAAUGUCAUAAAUCAAUCAAUUAUAGAAAGUACAUUAAUUACAAGUUCUGGUAAAGUUUUGGUUUGGCAAGCAGCUAAUAUUAGUGAUGAAAGAGCAUGUACUGAAGAAGUAAAAAAUAAAAUUAAUGAAAUUAUAAAAACUGUAAUACAUGAGGAAAUAAAAAUAGCAGCAAUAGUAAUAGAUAGUCAUUUAUCAUAUGCUGCAGCAAGAAAACAACUCCAAACACUUGUAGCACAAUAUGAACCUCAAAAUGAUAUUGAUGAAGAAUUAAUUGAAAAUAAUGAAGAUAACUUGGUAUUGCCUA